AUGCGUUUGCAGGCCCACAUUCACAUCCUCUAUGCGUGCGCAAGCCUCUCUGCGCUGACGUUUGCGCACGCUCAGCUGCCUUGUUUCUUGACCGACGCAAACGAGGACUGCUUGCGCUCUCUUGGUGGAAUUCCGCCUUCGCUCUCGCCAGCGUGGAUUGCUUUUCAAACAUCGACGCCAACGCUGCCGCCGUUUUGGGUGCCCAACAACUCCUCCACUAGCUGUGCUGACCUCUCCGCCUCAGCUCCGGAUCCCUACCACCGAUCUGGUCAGAGAGAUCCCGCGCAGCAGCGUCUCGAAUUCUGCGAGAACGUCGAGUUGCUGUCUGAUGAGCUACAAGGCUGGGCGCUGGUGACGUGCGAUCAGAAUCGCAACCAAUGGAACACUCUACUUGGCCCGCUCGCAAACUCAACGUCCAGAGGCGCCAUGUGGCUCAUUGACUACUCUUCCGGACAAGGCGCUGGAAGCGCGCAGAUCAUACCCUUUGACGCUUACCCUGACUCUGGCGACUUCAAACCUUUGGGCAGCUCUACUCUUCGUCUUGCACCCAAUCAAUUCCGUACAUUUGUGGUCAAUGCGGCGGGUGCCCGCUCCUUCAUCGAAGUUUUUGAUGUCUCUUUGCGGUCAUCUGGCUGGCGCGCCAAGCAUGUGCGAAGCAUCUCACAUCCGCUGGCAACCCACACGCCCAACUCGAUUGUCGCUCUCUCCGCUCAAGAAUUCCUGGUAACGCAAGAUCACUUUUUUGCCUACCACGCCCCACCGCAAGAUCAACUGCAGAGCACCAUCGAGAUGCUCUAUCCUGCCAGCAAAGGUGUCAUUGCUGCUGCAGCGGCAGCGACCUUCCGGACUGCAAUUGCGACCAACACGCUGCCCAUGUUGGAGACUGUCCUUGCGCCUGCACUGACUUGGGCGAACUCUUCUGCCUCGCCGACUGACUUGGUGGGAGCGCGCAUCGUCAUUCGCGACAUCAUCUACUCCAACGGUAUCGCACUAUCGCCCCGAGGCUCCACUUUGGCCGUAGCUUCGGGUCAGUCUCCAGCCGUGCUAUUUUUCGAUGCCAAGCGCGGCGCAGAGUGGUACGACCGCAAGCUGCUGAAGGAGAAAGCGAGAGUGUAUCUGCCCAUGACCGUCGACAACAUCAUGUGGUCGCCUGCACAGAGCAGCUCUGUGCCCUCAGAUGCCACAUCGCCAGUCAAGAUGGACAACAGUGUUAUUACAGCUGCUGGUCAUCCGAGUGGCUUGGCAUUGAUCAACGCAGCAAAAGAUCCGCGCAAUGAUGCAGUCAACAAGGCGGGCUCCUGGGCCGUCCAAGUCUCCUACCUUGGCUCAAAUACGGAUGCCGAUCGCGAGGCAGAUGUGGAUGGCGGUGCGCCGCUUACUGUGUCCAAGCGAGGUGUUCAGAAGAAUCAGAAUGGCUUUGGGGUGCGGACGUUAUACCAAGGCGCAGGGACGGUUAAGCAAAACAAUGGAGGAUUGCAAGGUCUAAAGACUUCUACCACUGCUGUUUGGGACAGGCAAAGAAAGACGAUGUUGGUGACGGGUCUGUAUGGCAUCCCGGGAUUGAUGACCUGUCGCAACUUUGCGCUGUAG